GGAAGUGGAACCCUAACUGGUGAGGGAGUGUGGGAGUGUGGGAGCAGAGCGCAGAGGAACACGAUGCAGAUUUUCGUGAAAACCCUAACGGGUAAAACGAUAACCCUGGAGGUGGAGUCUUCGGACACCAUCGACAACGUCAAGGCCAAGAUCCAGGACAAGGAGGGGAUUCCGCCCGACCAGCAGCGCCUCAUAUUCGCCGGAAAGCAGCUGGAGGACGGCCGCACCCUCGCCGACUACAACAUCCAGAAGGAGUCGACGCUCCACCUCGUCCUCCGCCUCCGCGGCGGCGCCAAGAAGAGGAAGAAGAAGACUUACACCAAGCCCAAGAAGAUUAAGCACAAGCACAAGAAGGUCAAGCUCGCCCUCCUCCAGUUCUACAAGGUCGACGACUCCGGCAAGAUCCAGAGGCUGAGGAAGGAGUGCCCCAACGCCGAAUGCGGCGCCGGCACCUUCAUGGCCAACCACUUCGACCGCCACUACUGCGGCAAGUGCGGCCUCACCUAUGUUUUCCAGAAGCCCCAAGCUUAGCCUUUCAAUCACUUUUUCUCAUUUUCUAUAUCGUUACUUUCAAUCACUUCUCUGUUGGAUUCUUUAUUAUUCGCUUCUCAAUAUAUUUUGCCUUUUGUGUUCAUUGGA